UCCAACCGGAAAUGAGCUGGAGGAAAAAGUAAACAUGGCUGCUCAAAUUGCAGUCCUAAUUAGUUUAAACUUAUUUUUUUCUAACAUAAGGCUUUCGCAAGCCUCGACGCAUUGGGUUGUUACAGAAGAUGGAAAAGUUCAGGCUCAGAUGGACUCGGUGUUUAACAUGAAAAGGCCAUAUGACCUUGUUGCCUUUAUGAAACAAGAGGAGAGAGCCAAUAUGCUAGACAAACUGAAGCAGGAACUGCUCUCUAGGAAAGUUGAGAUAGACAGUACAGAGGACAGAGAUACAG